AUGUUUAUGGACGAAGAGGAUGAGGAGGUUGAGGAAGGUUGUACCAACAUUGCUUUGGAGUGGCCUCCUCGUCCAUCUGUUUGUGACCCAACGCCACCUUCGCCGUCGCCCGCCUCACCGACGCCUAAGUUGGAAGCUUCGAUGGAACCGUGCGACAAAUUUAAAUUUGAAUGGAGAGCGUUUCCAAUGCCUCAAAUUGAUCCUUAUUUGAGGCGAGAAUCGUUCUCGCAAAAUAUUGGCCCUACGGUUUCUUUCACGAAUCCAUACGAAGCAUUUACUGCCAUAUGGGAUCGUGAAAUAAUUGAAGUUAUUGUCAGAGAAACCAACACUUAUGCACAGCAGCUGACAACGACCAUGUUGGUAGAUGGGACCAUCCGUCCUAAUAGCCGGAUUACUCGCUGGCAAGAUACAAAUGUAAACGAAGUUUACACGUAUCUUGCCAUUGUUCUGGCUAUGGGCGUAGUGGUCAAAAGUCGAUUAGAGGAGUACUGGAAUACCUCUAAAGAUAUUUUUAAUACUCCUGGCUUUUCCGCGGAGAUGAAAAUUGAUCGUUAUCAGCUGCUGUCGAAAUGCCUACAUUUCAACAAUAACUCCAAUUGUCAUCCUGAAUUGUUGACGCGUUCGCAGGCUAAACUUUUCAAAAUUCAACCAAUACUAGACCACCUCAAUACAAAAUUUUCUCGUUUAUAUAAUUUGUCCCAGAAUUUGGCGCUUGACGAGAGUCUUACCAUGUGGAAGGGUUGGCUUGAUAUAAACCAAUUCAUCCGUAACAAAGCAGCGACAGUUGGGAUCAAAACAUACGAAAUAUGUGAAUCCCAAACUGGUUAUUUGUGGCGUUUUGAAGUACACGCUGGCCAUGACGCCUCGGCAGUACAAAAAGACGAUCCAGUUUCUGGGAUAGUACCAGCUCUCGUGCUCAGACUUUUAAAUGGUCUUGAGCAUAGAGGGCACACAAUAUGGAUGGAUAAUUUCUACAACUCUCCUGCACUAGCACGAGAACUAAAGGUCCGUGGAUUUGACUGCGUGGGAACGCUUCGGACAAACCGCCAAUUCGUACCAUCUGAAUUGGCGAGUAUCACAAAAAAAGACAUGACAGUUGGUCAAGUGUUCGGUUGCACCUCGGGAGAUGUGGAUCUUAUGGUGUGGAGGGAUAAAAACCGCGUGGCUUUUGUUUCAACAUAUCAUGGUCUCGCAACUACCAUGUGUGGCAAUACUCUGAAGCCGACUGUCGUGCAGGACUAUAACAUCUGUAUGGGUGGCGUAGAUCGCAAAGACCAGCACCUCGCAAUGUAUCCAAUUGAAAGAAAGCGGACUAAAGUGUGGUACAAAAAAUUUUUUAGAAAGCUGUUGAACGCUAGUGUCCUGAACUCCUACAUUUUACUGAACAAGAAUCAGACAUUGUCACAUCGCAAAUUUCGGAAGGCGUUAGUUACUGAUUUGUUGGCAGCGCAUAAAAAGCCUGCACCCAAUGCACCCAUCACAGCAAUAGUACACUGUCCUGCACAGUAUAAAUUCAUCAAGCUCGGAAGUCCAGACCGACUUAAGCGCAAAUGCGCCGUCUGUAAGAAGCGAACGAUUACAUACUGUAAAGUUUGCAAUGUGCCAAUGUGUGUUUUCACUUGUUACGAGCCAUAUCACACUUCGCUUAAGUAG